AAAUUAGUAAACAUUAAAAUAGUAUAGAUUUUUGAAAUGAGACUAUAGAAUAAAAUAAAAUUUUGCCUCAAAGUUUUAAAAAUUUUCACGAACUUUUGUUUAAUUCUUUUAGAAGUUUAAAUAGUUAGUUUGUUGCAUUAUCUAUAAUUGCUUUCAUAUUUUGUUUGCAAUUUAAAUUUCAACUCUUGAUGUUAGUUAUUAAAAAAAGGAAUCAUAUAAUUACGAUAAAAGGGAACUAGAAAUUUAGAUAAUUGUGAUAAACAACAGUAAAUUGAUAAGUUUGUUUGUUAGUGUCGUUAUUCUAAGAACUCUCCGCCGUUGAACUUUAGAAGUGAAAUAUAAUUUGUUACAUAUGCGUGACCAGUGAUAAAAUCACAAAGUUAUCAUCACAACAACAAGGAACAUUGCGCUCUCCAUAGAAAUUGUGAUGUGAUUGACAUUCUAGUUUUUCCAUAAAAAGGAUCAAACAACAGAACUGCACACCAGAGACUGUAUAUCGUCCUCAAAAGCGGAGAAAUUCUCUCACACCUUCUUCAAACUCAUCAACCAAACACCUGAAGAUGCACAGCUUUCGAACUCAUCACCUGAGGACUCAUCAAGAGCAUCGACAUAAAACACCGUGUACAUUCUGAAAAAAGAACUUUCUCUUGGGGGCGGGAAAGGUAGCAAAAGGUCUAAAAUUAGCGUUGAUGCUGAGUGAAAUAAGGCGAUGGGUAGUGGUUCCAGUAGCGGCUUCUGUCAUUCGGGCACGAAGCAAGAAUCGGACGCGGACUCAUUCGAGAUGGAUCUAAGGGUCAGGGAAUUAGAAGAGAGGGCCAGCAACCUCGAGUCCCUGCUCAGAGAGGCCGAGGCCCAAGUGGCCCAGAUGAAGAAAGAAGUGGACGCGAGGGAUAAGAAGAUUGACUCUCUGUUGAGAGAGAUUCAUAAACUCAAGUCUGUACUAGAAAUCACGUCUAAUAAUGCCGCCAAUGCCAACCAUGCAAAUCACGUCUCCAACAACGUGGGUCCGACAGACAUUACCGGACCCCUGGUCCCUCCGACCACCAAGAAGCAGGGUGUCUCGGGCGAGAGUGCAACGCACCCUUCGUCGAAAGGAGGAAGCGAUUACAAGUUGGAGAGGCAUGAAAAAGAUUUCAGGUGGAAACAACUGAUCAAGGAUGCGAUUCUGGGGAACGACUUUCUGCAGCAUUUGGUCACCUCCUGCCAGGUGAAGGAGAUCGUGGACUGCAUGUACUCGAAAAAGGUCCCCGCAGGUUCCCUCGUCAUUCGAGAAGGAGAACCCGGAAGGCACCUUUACGUCUCUGCAGAAGGAGAGUUGGAAGUGAGGAAGGGUGAAACGGUGCUGGGAAUAAUGGGACCCGGAAAAGCAUUUGGAGAGCUGGCCAUUCUCUACAACUGUACAAGAACAGCAACUGUUAAAGCUGUCAGCGAUGCCUUGCUGUGGGUGUUGGACAGGCGAGCGUUUCAAACUAUUAUGGUGGUCACGGGAAUACAACGACAAGAGGAGAACAUAAACUUCUUAAAAAGUGUACCUUUGCUCAAAAAUCUCAGUAACGAGCUUCUUUCCAAGAUGGCAGAUGUCUUAGAAGUGGAUUUUUAUCCAGCGGCCGAAUACAUCAUCCGACAAGGAGAAACAGGCGAUACCUUCUUCAUCAUCAGCAACGGGCAGGUCCGCGUGACUCAGAAAGUGGUAACCGAUGAUGGACUUUUUACAGAAGAAGAGAUCCGUUGUCUCGGAAGAGGAGAAUACUUCGGUGAACAAGCUCUCCUCAGGGAAGACAAACGCACAGCUAACGUCAUCGCCAUGGAACCAGGAGUUGAAUGCUUAACACUCAAUAGAGAAUCCUUUAAUCAACUUAUCGGGGAUCUGCAAGAGCUCCAAACCAAAACGUACGGCGACGAAGACAGAAUGAGAAGGAUUUCGAAUAUGUCUGCACCUUCUCUCAGUUUGGAGGAAGAGUACAAGCACAUACAGCUGGAUGACCUCGACGUAUUGGCUACUCUUGGAGUCGGGGGAUUCGGCAGAGUGCAGUUGGUUCAAUAUAUAUACGACAGGCAGAAAACGUUCGCCCUCAAAAUUCUGAAGAAAGUUCACAUCGUGGAAACGCAGCAGCAACAGCACGCACUAAGUGAGCGCGCCAUCAUGAUGUCAUGCAAACAUCCUUUUAUCUGUAGAAUGUACAAGACGUUCAGAGACGACAAAUAUGUUUUCAUGUUGAUGGAAGCUUGUCUCGGUGGCGAAGUUUGGAGCAUCCUGAGGGACAAAGGCAAUUUUGACGACUGCACGACGCGCUUCAUUACCGCAUGCGUCCUCGAAGCUCUCGAGUACCUGCACAAACGGAACAUCAUCUACAGAGACCUAAAGCCUGAAAAUCUGCUUCUGGACUCUCAAGGCUACGUCAAGUUGGUGGACUUCGGCUUCUCGAAGGUCUUACCAGACGGCCGUAAGACGUGGACUUUCUGUGGCACCCCUGAGUAUGUGGCUCCGGAAAUCAUCCUCAACAGAGGCCAUGACAAGGCAGUCGACUUUUGGGCCAUAGGUAUCUUGAUGUACGAACUGCUCACAGGGACGCCACCCUUCUGCGCCUUCGACCCCAUGAAGACAUACAAGAUCAUCCUGAAAGGCUUGGACGCCCUCGGCUUCCCCAAUUACAUCACCAAGAACGCCAUCUCUUUGAUGCGACGAUUGUGCAGGGACAAUCCGGCAGAGAGGCUGGGAUAUCAAAAAGGAGGCAUCACCGACAUCAAGAAACACAAAUGGUUCCAAGGUUUCGAUUGGGAUGGAUUGCGAAACAGAAGUUUAACGCCUCCCAUUGUGCCAAAAGUUAAAGAUCCCACGGAUGCUUCAAACUUCGAUGUAUAUCCAAUCAUGAUCGAGGAUUCUCCUCCAGACUUUUCUGGGUGGGACAAAGACUUCGACUGCUCAACCAAUCGAUGAAGACUCCUAUUCUUGCGUUUUAGAUGCAGAAUCCUAUGAACGCACGAUAUACGAAAUGCUCAAGUUGAUGAUGAUAUGAUCCAAAGAAUAUUCGAAAUACACGAUUUCGACAUUCGUCCUGUUGCCGUUUUCGUAUAUUUAAAGUGAUAUUGAACAUCUUUGUGAGAUAUGUAUGACGUAUGAAGGCAUUAUUCGACAUGGAAUAUAAUGCUGUUUAAAAUGCAUUAUGUAAAACAUUCAGCUCACUCUAUGUUGAAUUGUCAACAUCAGCAUUUUCUGUAGUAAAAUGUCUUUAAAAUUUUCUGCAUAGGCUUGUAAUGUGCAAUGGAACCUUGCUUAACGAGCAUAAUUCGUUUCCGAAUUACUCGUAAUGUGGAACAUUUGCUAAGCAAAGCAAAUUUUUAUAUAGGAAACCAUACAAAAUAGGAAAACGUAUUCCAUUCCGAGAAAAAAUACUCAAACAAAUUUAUAACUAUGUGAUUCAUAAAUUAUAAUGCAUGCCUUUUUUUACAAGAAAAUCGUCUAAAAACAUUUGUCUUUGGCUACGCUUCAAAAUUUGAUGAAAUUGAGACAGCAUUAUCGUUAAAGGAGCUUGCAGCACCCAUGACGAUUGCUUUAGGCUUUCCUUGGCUGACACAGAAUGCAGCUUCAUAAAUUCUUCGGUAGUUCUGGCUGUGUUCUUCCACCAGUUUCUCGUUGUCGUUGCUAUCCACUUCUAGCCUGAGAUUCUUGGCCAGAGAUAAAAUAUCGUCUAUUAAAGUCUCAGGCACUUGCUCAAAACCCUCGUUCCACUACGCUGUUCGGUCAAACUUCUUCCAUGCAGAUGUAAGUGCUCACUUCAAAUAAAUAAGCACUCAACAAAGACUGAUACAGGUCAGUUUACCAUAUUACGUCACGCGACUCCUCGCCACUCAUUCUACGAGACAUCACUCGUUAAGAAUUACUCGAAGCUUUUUUACAUUUUAUUUUGCUCGAUAUGCGAGGUCUCUUUAAGAGAGGUUUGAAUGUAUUUCAGAAAAUGUAUAUGUAUAUGUAAUGACAAUGGAUUUCAGUAUUUUAUUAGAUGUUGUUUUUGAGAGGUGUCUAUUUGAGGAUUAAUUGUACUGGAGUGCCAAAAUUCACGAGAUACUGUUUUCCUAUUGGAUAAGAUCUCGUUUUCCAUUGUAAAGUUUAAUAAUGAAAUUUAUGUACAUAACUUCAUUGUCGACUAAUAUAUAUAUAUAACUGUACAUGAAAUCUUUCCUUAUAUUAUCUUACAUAGUUAUAAGUUAUCAUAUCUUUUUUUUUCUCCUGCAUUUGAUGGAAAAUCCAAAAUUAUACAAACCCAGGCCUUUAACCGAGUUUAGAUAAUAUAUAUCAACUUGACAUGAUGUGGCUUAGUCUUAAAUACUCAGCAAAAAUGUCUAAUACAGAUAUUCAGUCCUGCUAUGGUUGUUCUUAGAAUUAUCCAUAAUAUAUUAAUGAUUCCCUCAAGUACAUCACAAAUAUGAUACAUGUUUGACGCUUUAGAUGGCAUAACAAAUUAACAAUGAAUUUUUUAGCUGUCAUCACCUAGGAAGUAUUUUGCAAGAUAAACCAACUUACCGCUUAAAGUUAUCUGAUUCUUUACGUCCAUUUAGCUUGAUACAAACCUGAUAGUAAAUUUGCAUACUUCUAUCCAAUAACUGUUUGUACUUCAGUGUAUAUUUAUUUUAAUAUUAAAAUCAUUGUUCAUAUAAAAUUCUAUUUGAUAAUUAAUAACAAUCAGGUAUAUAAUAACUCUGUUAAACAUAAAAAAUAAUGAAUGAACAAACUUUUUAGCCUCAGAGUAUGUGCCCGGAAAAUGUAACAUUAUGUAAUGUUGGCUGUAAAAUAGCUGCUAGGUAAAAUAAUUCACAUUUCACUUUUCUUUUGUCACAUUGAUUACUAAUUUUAGUAACAAAAUGCAACACACAUUUAAAGAGUGACCAAAUGGAGUGACAGUGACCUAAAGUGCUCGUACAAUCUCGAAUCUUUAGGGUAUAGGGUCACUCUGCUCAUUUGAAAAAAUUCUAAGCAUGUUCUUAAUUUUUUUUACCCAAAACAGAUCGUUUUGGUGAUAAGAUUUAAUUUGCAUCUUCCCGGGUAUUGGCAUAUAUACGAAAGUUUUAUCUUCAUAUACAUGUGGAAGAAGUAUUCUUUGCCGGCGUCCUAGCAUAGGAGUAGCGUCUUCUCCGUGAUCUGGGCGUUCCGGUUGGGGCAUAGUUCUUCUUCUAUCUGUGAAGUGUGUGAAUGUGCCCCCCUAUAAAAAGGGGUUGUGCAUGCGAAUGUGACGUAUGAAGUAGCUAAAUCGUACUCUUGGCCCUAGUUGGCGCUAUUGAAAAAACAAGAAAGGUUCACUUGGCUUAAAUCGCUGAUAGGUUGGCAGCGGGUUUGUAAAGUGCCAUAAGUCACAACACAACACAAAAGUACUCUUUAGAUUAAAAUUAAUUAAAAUUAUUCCAAGAAAAGAAAUGAAAAAUUGUAUAAUUUUGAGAAAAAUUAAUUAAAUGCCUUUUCCUUGCUGAAUAAAUCGUUGCUGAAUAAAAUUGAAAUAAUUUUAUGAAAGAAAAAUUGCAUUAUAUUAUUAUUUUCCGGAUAUUACGUCAUGCUACUCUUUGGAAUCAGUUCUUAAGUGUGAGGACUAAGGUUGCCCAGAAAGACAUUCUGUUGUAAAUUAGCUCUCUUUCAAGUAAAAUUAAGAAUAUUUGCCGGAAGAUAGAGUCUGUAUACGGUCUUAGUGAAUAAUCAAAGAAAAUGUCAAAGAAACUCUAAGCUAAUAUUGACUGAAAAAAAACGUACAAAAACUUUCUAAACGUACAAAAACGUGCAAAAACUUUUUUAGUAAGUCAAGCAUAUUUACAACAGAAGGUAUAAAAAGAACAUCAGCAAUUUCAUAUUUUCUUCGUGGUUGUCCCGUCUAGAAUCACAAGAAAAGAAAACGACUCAAAUCGGACUCACUGUGCAGGGUCGAAUUCAAACUAUGCAGAGUGGCCCUACUUAUGCAGGUUCCAAAUAAUCAAUCUUCCUCCCACUAGUGUAGUGUAGUGUGGAGAGGGGGGAUGCCAGCUCAGGUGUCGUCCUCGUCAUCUGGCCGCUGUUCGAAAUUACGAGGUCCGUCCCAAAAUACCCCUAGUGUUGCUUUAAAAAGGGAUGUUAAUAUAACUAAAUUAAACUAAACCUAAUAAUCAAUUGAAAGUAUUAUUAAGAGUCUGUGUACUAAUAUAAGGUCUAUUACUUUUAACGUUUGUGUCCUUUCCGUUCCUAUGACAUUGCAUACCUAGCAGAUAUCAGCUUUUGCCAGAAUUAAAGCAAAUCUCACUUUUCAUUAUGCAUAUAGUUGAUAAAUCUCGACUAAACGUAUCUGUGUAGUUUAUAAAACCGAUAAAAAAAUAGUGAAAUUAUAAUAUUUUAAAAUUUAAAAGCUAGAUGAAGCGGAUAUUUGCGUUUUCAGUAGUGCUCGGAUGUUAUGGGUCUGUCUUCAUUAGAGAAGUUUUUGUACACAAUAAACAGAACUUAAAUAAGACAACUGAAAUAACACUGUUUUAAUGUCAGAUCAUUUGACGGAAUCAUGAACAUGAAGUUAUAAGAAAAACUAUUAAUCUGAAAUCAAAUAUAAUCAAUAUUCUUGGCGAACCAGCUAGUCGCCUGAGACUACUAGUAAUAAAUAUGACAAUGCUUUAGAAGUACAGAAGGUUACAGUUGUUAUACCUCUCUUUACCUGCAAUUUUAUUAGUUGUAUCAUUUUUAAAUGAAAUGGUGAAAUUCCUAAAGACUGAAGAACUUCGGCUUAAUUCAGUUGCAGAAUUGCUUUGUGUUUGUUGCUCUCUUGAUGCUUUUGUUUUAUAGAGUGUGCAAAUAGAUGAGCAAUUGCUUCUUGGUAGACUUUGUGAUUGCAUUUUUCAUUCGUAUCUGAAAGAGUGCUUUAUUCAAACUGGAUGUGAAGAAAGUGUCGUCUCUGGAUUUUCGACUAGCAUCCAAUAGAAACACAUGUAAAAUCGUACAGACUUCGUAGAAGAGAUAAAAUAAUUUUGCUGCUAGAAGUCAUUCGCGUGUCUCGAUUCUAAACACUUUAAUAGACGUACUUCUACGCAGCCAAACAUUAAUUUUAAAAAACUUAUUUAUGUUCAUCAAUUAUCACACAAAGAGUGUGGUACUGGCCAAUAACUUCCGGCAGUAGCAUCAUGCACCUAUUGUGUGAGCGGGCACUAACAGUUGUUCCGUUUGUCAUAAAUACAUUGUGUGAGCGGGCACUAACAGUUGUUCCGUUUGUCAUAAAUACAUUGUGUGAGCGGCCAUUAAAAGGUUAAUGUAGAACUUCCCACCAAUUCCUAGUGCCCAUCACCUGAUUGGAAAAUCAUCAGUAAAUCCACGAAACUGUAUGAUUAUAUUUAAGGUAUUAAAAUGGAUUUUUUUUUAAUUUAUUACUUGGGAAUUUUAUUACAUAACAUGCUAUAAAUUAAACAAGUAAUUAAUUCUUUAAUUCUUACGAACUUCAUUUAUUACUGCAUGAAUAAAACUGUCACAUAUGGAAUUCUUAGGAAGAAAUAUAAAUGUUGAAAUAUCAAAUUGCUUGAAACAGAUGUGUAAAAUUGUAUGACUAUAUUGCAGCAACAAAUGAUACUUUUUGAGGCUGUGAAGUGAUUUAUAAAGAAAUGUAUAUAUUGUUAAUCUCGUUAUUGGAUUUUAUGAUUCU